UUAUGCAUAGCCUAGUUGUUGGUGAGUUCCGAGGGGUUGUCGUACUUUUAAUAAUGGCGAAUGUUCGACCUUAACCUUGAAUAUUCCUCGAGGGUGUUUGUACUGAUGGGUCGACGUCUCACGGAUUUUAGGUUUAGCAGUGUAUCUUUAAAUCGGGACGCUAUUAAUAUUAUUGAGUAUAUGCUAUAGCCUAUAUCCGGAAUUGAUGAACGUCCAAGUCAUGGGACAACACCAGUCUUUGGCUGGCGUUGAUGGAAGUGUAGGCGUCAUUCCGACACCCCCCAACAACAGCAUACCACAACAAUGUAAAGAUUUAGUUACCCCUGAACAGAACAGUGAUAACGCAACAGAUAAAGGUUCCACUCUAUCCUUCAGAACUGCCAUUGAUAACUUCAUAGAAUCAUGUUUAAGUAACCCAACUGGCAAUAAUGAAAAUUCACAAGAUGGUGUUGAUACCCCAAAGGAACUGCCCAAAGAUGAAGCGAAAGUAGAUCGCCAGACUAGUGCUGUCCCCGGUGAACAUAAAGCUAAUGAUACUAGUUCCGAAAAAGAUGUUGAGAUUUCAGAUAAAAAUCCUGAAGAGUCAUUGGAUAGAGCGAAAACUUUCAGCUCUUUCCUUCAAAUGCGAAUUAGAGACAUGAUUGUAAACUGUGAAAACGAUGAGGAACUGUGUUCUAAUGUCUCCACCAUGUCUUCAAAUACAGCUUCCUCUUCCUCCUCCUCCUCGAUAGCCUCCAUCCCCUCCCCAGUAUCAAGCGUAACACACCAGUCUGUGGUUACGAGCCCUAAUGUGCCUAAAACUACUGUAAGUUCUCAAUUGACUUCUACACAGUGUUCUUCGUCGGUUACAACCAGCCGUCAAAACUCGUAUACCGGUAAGUUGGAUAUUGACAGGUCAAUGACAAGUGUUCCUCUUCAAACUUUAAUAGACAAAGUCUUAGACAAUUCAUUAGGAGGUGACAUACUUUCUCCUGAGAAUAGGAGAACUGACAAUAGUGUUUCCCAAGUUGAAAGUUCUGAUCAUAAACCUAAAAGCAGCGCUUCUUAUGAAAUAGCUGCUGAGCCUGCCAAGUUCGUAAGUGAAAAGGUUGCCCGUUGUGUUGAGCGGAAUACAAAUAAUAGUGAGAAUUCUUUAAGUUCUAAAACUGAAAGACCAGGAAUUCUUCUAAUGGAUCACAUCGAAAAGGUUUUGGAGGAAAAUUUUGCGCAAAUGACUAAAAUCGAGGAGGAAGAAGCAUUAAGGAAUGAACCCCCACCAUUAAAGGCCAUGUCGGCCGUACAUGUAUCUUACAAACCAGAUACAAGUAAUAGAAGUUUAACCCCGGUGAAAGCAGAUAAACCUCACGAGGCUAGUUAUAAUGCGUCAUCUACUAACGCUGUGAAGCAGGCCCAUAACCCAAAUUUGAGUAAAAUUGUGACAAACCCCGAUGGAACUAUUAGUGUACAAGAUAUUGUUGAUCGUGUUAUUAGCCAGACUGAGGUUAUAAGCAAUCUUUUAGCACCCGGGUAUGCUCCAGCCUCUGCGAAACCUGUGCAAAAACAAGAAACCCCUAGUCGUUCCUCCUCUCAUAGAUCUUAUGAACGAAAUGUGCAAACAAACAGUGCCUCCAAAUCGGACGCUUAUACUGAACUUAUAAGACAGCAGGAAUUUUUACGGGCUGCUGCUGCUGCUGCUGAAUCCCAUAAGACUGCCAAAGCUUUCCAUCCAUAUCAUUCUAGAGAGGACUAUAACAACCAUAAUAUGACUGUAUCAAGGGCUAACAGCGAGUACACAGAGAAACAUUCUAGAUACAAUCAGAUAUUGGCGAAUGAGAAAAAUAUUUACCACAAAAGUAACUUAUAUCCUUCAUCUGAAAUUCAGGAAAUGCAUCAUAUCGAUCACAUGCUCAUUAAUGAAUCACAGAGACAAAAACUGAUUCAGGAAAAUAUGCUUCUUCUUUCAUCUCGUUAUCCAUAUCCAUUACAUAUGGCAUCUAGUGUAGAACCGCGAAUGGUGCCACCGCUAAUGCGAUAUUGUCCCCCUGCUACUAUUCAUCCGCAAAGAAUGCCCCCACCGUUAUUAAGGGUUGAAGGCCCUAUGGAUCCCGGUGUUUCUGCUAUCCCUCAUCCUCAUGCCUAUAAUAAAAACUGCUCAUGUGUUACCUGUUGUUCGCAUCGAAACCAAUUUGAAGAAAUGAAAAGACCCCCCAAGCAAAUGAACCCUGCUCUUUUAGUACCUCCAAAUGCUGUGAACUCUCCAAGAACUUCACCCCACUACAACCCCCGUUUAUCACCAGCCUCUAAAGACAUAAUGCAUGCCACAUCCCAUUCACCACUUCGGUAUCAUCCCUCUGCUUUCACCAGAACUAAGGAUACGCAUUUGCCAGAAAGGAAUUUACCACAAAAGAUUCACCACACAUGUGCUGAGGUGGUACAGCAUAAGAAAAGUAGAAUAGAAAAUGGAAUUGAUAUGUUUUACAACGAUAAAAGACGUCAUCCCGAUAGUGAUGGUCCUCAUAUUCAAGAGGCUCCCUACUCCAAAAAUAAACACCAGCCACACCAAUAUUCGACAAAAUUACCAGAAGCCCAUAGAGCCCAUGAAGUACGAGCAGCACACAUGCUAGACCUCACCAUAGAUACAAUGGAGCCAAACGUAGCUGCUGAUCAGCCGUUGGAUCUAACAAAGAAGAAACCAAAAACUGCCGAAGUGCCUACUGAAAAUUAUUAUAAAUGGCCGGUAUCAAGAGAAGAGUAUGAGGAGAGGAACAACACACGCUGUCAUAUAUCUUCAAAUCCUUACGAACAAAGAUUUAUGAACCAGGAGCGAGUGAACUACACAACUGCCCCUGAACACUUUCGGGUGUCUGCUGAGAAAGACAAUAAGGACUAUAACAAAUAUGUGGAGAGAUCACCUGGUGCCCCUUAUGCUACCAAACCUGAACUAUCUCGACUAAAAGAAACACCAGCUACGAUGACUCCGGGGAUGAUGCCAGACCAUUUGGGUUCACCAGGCGGUAGAAGACCUCAACUUCAUCCACUUCCGUCUCCUAAUUUAUCCACAUGUUAUACCCAACCAAAUGUUUCACCUCAAUUUGCUCACAGUAUAUCUCCAACCAGUGCUUCUCCAGAUGGAGAGCGAGGUCCAAACAAUGAGUCUAUAAACAUUUCUCGCCCCUCUAGUCAGUGUAGUAGUUCCCCUAUAGAUCACGAUAAAGAGAGACGCAGUUCUAUAUCACGACAUGAACCUAUUCAAAACAUUAUAGGGAGUCAUCCUCCAAAUGAUAUAUUGUAUCUAAUCUGUCGGUUGUGUCGUCAGACGUACGGAAGUCCUUAUGGAUUUAGAAAGCAUUUCAGAAAUCAACACGGGUUUGAGCCAAGAGCCGAACAUACCAUUGUUCAAACUAUAUCUGCCACUAAAUCAGCCAUGCUGCAUACACCAGGAAUGGCAGAUAGUCCAAACACCUUAUCUCAAAACCAUAACUUAUUGCAUGGGACACAUCAACCUUUCCCAGAUGGUCAUGUGAUGGAUAUUGUUGACAUGCCCAAAGUUCGGGAAAGAGCUGCUAGUGACUCCCGAUUAUUAAAAUCUGCUAUGUAUGCGGAGACUAAAUCCAGUCGUCCAAAUGGAAGUCGAUCAGUGGAGAACAGGCGGCCUUCAGUGAAGGAGGAAUCAGACGAUACAAAAUUCUUACAGUGCGAACAAUGUAAACAAACAUUUCAGCUCAAUGACUUUGGCUCAUAUAAGAGACACUGUAGACAACACAAUCAAGCUAGGCAUCAAGGAGCGUUCCAAUGUCAGGUUUGUCCUAGUGCAUUCCAAGAACCUCAACACUUACAAGAGCACAUGCUUAAGCAUGACGUGGAAACAGCUGUGUGUAAGUACUGCAAAAUCCCUUAUGCUACAAAAGAGUAUUUGGAGGAUCAUUUGCGAAAAGUCCAUGGGGAUGAAAUACAUCACACAACCAACUCCUGUACACAUUGCCAUCUCCAGUUUACAGAUUAUAGUGAAUACCUUAUACAUCUUCAAAAAGUACACGGCGGGUUACUGGACACAGAAAAAGCUGGCGAUAGCCGCAAAUACACAGGAGACUGUGGUAGCAAUGGCGCCCAACUACCAGUAAAGCCGUCAGUGCGGGUAGAAAUUCAUCCCGCGGAUCAAAUGACCACAGUAACUUGCCCAGACAGUAGUUCAGAUAAUUCAAAUCUUGAUAAAAACCGCUCUCAAGUGUCGGAUUCUACAACCGGUGUCCUUCCGAAAAAUUGCCCCGAUUUCGGGAUUCCAAAAUCUUCUCCGGCUUCGAAUGAACGUUGUUCAUCAGCGGAAACGCGAUCACAUUCCAAUGAAAAUUCGCAGGAUACUGUGUCCUCUUACGGAAAUAGCGAUAUCGGAGAGGAGAACUUCUAUAAACACAAAAAGUUCUUCGGACAUCGGAAACGAAAGGAAUCGUCUGAUGUUUCCACAAUUUCCCCCAAAUGUGCUAAGACUGAUGCUGAUAACGUUGGUAGUCCGAAAUGUGAGGAAGUUACGAGUAAUGUGAACAGUACAGUGACCUGUACCAGCUCUUGUCAAAUAUCUGAAGGAGAAAAAGCCUGUGAUAGCUCUUCCUUUCCGAAUAAUUCAGUUUACGAAAGCGAGACGUGUUCUGUUGACUCUGAAAAAUUACAGAAUAAACAGGAAGCAAGGCAUCAAAUGCCGUUUGUAUGGGACAGAGUCACGCGAAGUCAGGCAGGGAAAAAUAUAAAGCCUCCUGAUUAUAUGGCCUAGACAUAAAAUGUUUGGAUUAGAUAAUACGAACCAUAUGAUGGUGCUGUAUAAUUAAAGACUUGUAAAACUGUGUACAGAUACCAGAUAUUUAUAUCAAUGUGCCAUGCUUAGAAAAAGUAAUUAUACAGUUAAUGUAUAUAUAAAUUCACAUAUAGAUUAUGUAUUAGAAUAUUAGUUAGAAGUAAUUUAUUAUAAUAUAUUCGAUUGUUUUAUUCGGUGGAUUUAUUAUAUUAUUAGUUGGAUGAUAAAUAGAACUGAGGGAUUAGAAUUGUUCAUUUAUGUUGAAUCUUUCUACUCAAAAAAAUGUGUAUCUGGUUUAACUGAAAACAGUCUGUUGUGUGUACAUGUGUCAUUUGGUGCAGAUACUUUCAAGGUAACAUCCUAGGAGAUUAUUACUAAUAUAAAAUGUUAUAAACGAGAUGUGUAAAUGUCUUCGUGGUACCCUUGUUUGAAUGUACUAAUACAUGUAUGAGUAACUUUGUCUUGGUGCAAUAGACAGAGAAUUUUGUUGUAAAUACAUAGUAUUUUCAUUGUUUCUAAUGAUGGUGGUGUAGUAAGUGCACAGUGAGUACUGGAAGAAUCAGAACUGUCGGUGUCGUGCACAUCAUGCCCCCUCUUUCUCUCUCUCUCUCGACCGAACAGUUCUCUUUCUUUUCUUAAUGUUAAACAGGUAUUUUGUCGUGCACUUGUUAUUUCAUGAACCAGAGUUUUAUUUAUAACGCUUGUUUGCUCAGUUCUUUUAAGGCUUGGAUGAAAUACAAAGACCAUUUAAUAUUUGAUAAAUUUGUAAUGCCCGGAGCGUCACUUUAUUAUAAUGGAACAAUCUCAGACAACGUGAUAUCAAGGGGGAUGCUGUAUUGAAAUACUUUACUGUGUAUUAAUAAUAAUAAUGUGCGUUUAUAGGGCGUUUAAUCCAUUCAAUAUACACCUACUCGUAAAUAUCAAUGGCAACAAUUUUUUUUUGUACUUUGCCCCAUUAAGCAUGACUUUAUAAUUUGCAACUUUUAACAAGAAAGCCAAUCUGAUUUAAACACAGAUUUCCCAUUUGUUUCGUUUUUUAUAGUUCAAAAUUUUGUUUUACUUGUUUUCAUAACACUAGGAUCUGGAAGAGCUGUUAUAUAACGGGCGUUCUGCUUGAUGUGAGGUAUUAGCCAAUGAAACGGUCUGUUACGGCGAGUUCUUGGCGUGCUAGUUGAUUAAUCAAUGUCUGACGUCAUAGGGUCAAAAGCCGCUCGUAUGACCCCUGACGCGACCUCCCACUCCAAUUGGUUAGAUCUUCAUGUACAUACAUGUACAAUGUAGUAGAGGUCAUCGAAAGUAUAAAAAACGAAACGAAAUGUAGAUCUGUAUUUUAAUCAGAUUGCAAGAAAGUAAACGUAAUUAAAUUCAUAAUCAGUAACCCUAUACUCAGCUAAGUACUACAUGUAUCAAAAAUCCAAGCACUGGCCUACUUAAGAGUUUCCGUCUCAUUUCAUAAAAAGAAACUUAUAUCUCGGUAGUGAUGGGUUGCCAGAUAUUUCUCAAAUUACAUGUAUGUGUAGGCUACAGUCUAAUUUGAAUAUUCAUUAACUAAUCUCAUCAGUAGAAUACUAUUCGGAUACCGACCUUUGACAAUUUCCAAAGCGCUAAUGCCUUCAUCUUUGCUGGACGUUGCUAUUGCUGACUGGAGGUUAACGCCCGCUUCCAACUGUUACAAUAACCGGUUAAUAGACAUUUUCACGCCCAUACAAAACGAGCCAUCACUUCAACACGGUUUAAUACAUUGAAAAUAGCUGUGAUUGACACAUUCACAUGUUCAGCCAUACUAAAUAGUUUGAUGGUUGAGCUACAUUGUUUUCAGACGUCUCAUAAAACAAGUAAAUUUGGAAAUAAAUUCAGGGUUUGAAAUUAAUAUUACAUAGAUACUCAUUAUAUUAUUUCAUUAAUCGAAUUUUAUACACAAAAAAAAAGUUUUACAUCAGGACAAAAAACUACACAAAUUAUGUGAUAUAUUUUUGAAAAUGUCUUUUGGUAAUGUUUUAUUGAUUUAUUCAAUUAAUAUGGCGUCUUGUUUUUAGAAGACCAGAAAACAUCGGAAAUUACACAGGCAUUAAACAUGUCUAUUGCAGGUCUUUCUUUAGGCCUGAAAUGUUAUGCGAUAUUUAGUGGAUUCAAAUACGUUUUGUGCUGGAUAAGGUUACCGCAAAGAUGGAUAAUCGAGAAUUUGUUUAUUAUGGUAACAACGGUAUUAAUGAUAAUCGAGGCUAGCCUAUAAUUAUAUCGUCGAUUCCUUGGCUCAGAGGGGAGUAAUUUGACUGAAAUUUUCAAAAUAUUCUCUUUUUCUUAUCUAUUUUUAACCAUUAUAGCGAGAACUGACAGCUCUUUAUGUAAUCUUACCUAAUGCGGCUUUAAAAAUUAUUUAGAAAUAUUAUUUUGUGGGAUGAAUUACAAAAUAGGCGCCAUUCUAGCAGUCCUAUUAAAUUCUAAAUAUAUAUGUACAUGUAUGUCAAUUUCACUUAAGGCCACGAGUAAUUCACAAGGAAACAGUUUGGUAUACAAUGUAAAUCUUCAGCUAACGGUUCGUCCAAUCUGGAUAUUGAAACAGCGUUGUUUUUACGUAACAUUGCUUGCAAGGUAGCCUACAUGGGUUCAAAAUGCAGGACAUUUGACAACAACCCUGUGUAAUUUAAAACGUACGCAAGGCAGGUAAUUAGAUUACUAAGCAUAUGCCUAGGUUAUUGGGUACAUUUAAUUUAUCGUACCUAUCAUAGGGAAUACUCGAAUGAAUUAAAUUAUUUUAGGCCAAAGUCAUAUUGCCAAAUACGUUGGGAGGGGGAUCUCGGGCUAGUCUAUGGACCUCCUUUCUAUUUUCUAAAGUAAACAUCUGACUAAAGAUGUAUUGUGUAAGAUAUAGAUGUGUCUAUUCUUGAUAUAAUAGUUGAUUAUUAAUCAAAAAUGAAUAUAUUGAAGACUUCAUUCAAAUUACACUAUUCUAAACGAAGUUAUGGGCGUGUAUGAAAUGUUGAUAAUAUGCUCUCGAUUGUCAAUUAUCAUUGCUACAAUACAAAACAAAGUCUCGAUUGUCCAUUUUAUAAUUAAAUCAUUAAGUGCCGAAUAUGUUCAAAUCCAGUUAAUAUCUAAACCGUCCAGUGGCCUAAACAUUUGGUAAUCGUCUUUGGAUGUAUACUAAUGUCCAAAAGAAAGUAUACCGACUAAAAGUAUGACAAAGUUUUGUUUAAAUCCAAAAAAAAUGUGAUAAAACUACACUGAACAUGUCUCGUGCGUCCAAACUCAAUAUUUGUAAGCAAAUAAAAGGCAAAACAAAUGGACAUUGUACCCAAAUACCGCAUACAAUGGAAAACGACUUUGUUUGAAGCAGGACAAAAUGCACAGUGUAUACUUUCUUUUGGACAUUAGUAUAGAUAAAUGUUUAAAUAAUUUAUACAAUAGUUUAAGCUAGAAAUAAGACCUGCGAUAGGCAGAUUUAGCUCUUAUAUAAGGCAUCUUUAAUCAAUCGUCAUGCAAAUCAUUGAUACAAGUACGACGUUUGAUCGCAAUACUUACUGAAAAGGGGCUGUCAUGAGGGUCGGAUUAAAAUCGUGGACUAGAAUCUUGAAUAUGAGACGAGCGUGACUUUGAUAAUUGUCACAUUAGUAUAAUAUAGUGUUAUACGGGUGAAGUUUCAACUAGUAUAAUAAACCACGCCUAAGUUAUGUUACAUUUGGAGUAAAUGGGUCUUUUGGAUCAAAUAUCAAUUCAUAAAUACAGCUAUUCCUCUGGUUGUCAUAUUAAGGCACAUUUUGUUCAGCAUUUUGAUGUUCCAAACUCGUCACAUAAAGUAUUUCAUUGUAGCCAUUUCAUUGUCUAAUGUCUCGGCGAUUACAUUUGCCCAUUUUAAAGGCAGACUGGAUGAAUUAUACCCAAGCGAUAUCUUUUAAAUCUACAGUUCAUUGUCCAUGUAAAAUGGAAUCCUCCGGUAUCCGGUUAAUUUUAGGAAUAUACAGUAUCAAAAUAGUAUUGUAUAGGUCUAGAUGGGUGAUAUGUCUGCACAGAUGAAUGCUGUGUUUUUGUUUGUUUGUUCGAAUUGAUGGCUUUAGUUCUAGUUAUUAUAAUAUUACUUUAUCUUUAUUUGCCCUGUCACCCUUUCGCUAAUUCACCACCCUUGGUUCAAAGUCGGUUGUUUUACGAAUGAAUUCAUUAUAACAAUGAUGUCGACCAAAUCCGACAUUCAGUUCCAAUUCAAAAUCAGUUGAUUAUAAAUAUAAUAUUUAGUUUAAGUUUGUUUCAUUUAAAAGUUUAUUAGGCGAGCUGAGUUGUUAUAAAGAGUUCUGGUAGAUAUGCCUUUAUUGGAUUACGGUGAAUGCGCGAGGCUCAAUCUGAUUUAAACACAGAUCCUAUUUCGUUUCGUUUUUAUAGUUCAAAACUUCGUUUUACUUGUCUUUAGUGUAGGCCAUCGAAAGUAUAAAAAAACGAAACGAAAUAUAGAUCUGUAUUUUAAUCAGAUUGCGCGAGGCUAUAAAAACUUAUUAUUUACAGUAGCCCAAAAUGGAAAUAUCUUGGACUGUGAUUUUUGUCAAGUGGUGCCUAUAAUGAAUAGCCUAUUCUAAGUUUUACUGGGGGGUUGGAUGGCUGAAUGGUUAGCACGUGCACGCUACCUAUAUCAUAAAGUCUGUCAUUGAGUGAACUGGCGUGGUUUCGAUUCCCCCGGUUGUACGUGACAAGGAGUAGGGUCGCCUGUCCAACCUCGUGGGUUUUCUCCGGGCCCUCCGGUUUCCUCCCACUGCUAAAUAAAAUUAAAUCAUAUGAUAAUCCCGAAAUUACCUAGUUUGUGUCGAGUGGACGUUAAACCCCACCUCUCUCUCUCUCUCUCUCUCUCUCAAUUUUACUACAUUUCUUUGAGACUAGAAUCUCGUCCAUGUCACCCAUGACACACUUGAGAAAAGCAGGUAAAUAAUUUGUAGGCUACAUUUUAUUCCAAUGCUAUUCUCACAAUUCUGGUCAAAUUCCCAUUCACAAUUGUGUUUUUCAGAAGUAGCAAUGUAUUAUUGACAUCGCUCAAACCUGCUUAGUAAUGACAAAGUGCUCCAAACAUGAUCUAUAUGGCAACACUCGUGCAUGGACAAACACCGUAUGCAAUUUAGCAAUACAAUAAAGUCACAAUGACUUAAGAUUUCUGUUUCGUAAUCAUAAAUUAAGGAGGAGUGACCUCCCUUUCCAGGCUAUCGGGAAUGUCCAGUCGCUAAAUGGCCCAAAUUGAAUGCGAGUGGUGUGUUAUUAAGUCACGGAUGUUUCCAUUGCAAAAAUAUUCCAAGAUACACGUUCAAAAUAUUAGGCUACUAUAUAGAUAAACGCCUGCUGUUUUAAAUUUAGAGGCCUUACUGUUCUUCCUCUAAAUUGUGAAAACAGGAGGUGUUUAUCUCUUUAAAACAAUACAAUGAAAUUGUGCAUUAUUGAAUCUUAUUGUGUUAUAUUAUAUGAAAAUAUUAAUAAAUGGACCUAGAGUGGUUAUGAUUAUUAAUAUAUAUGAAAAUAUCUUGUUAAUUGUUGUCCUAUUAAUAAAAUGACAUUAUGU